CAACCAAUAUCCAAGAUUAGAUCUUUAUGAUACAAAUCAAGACAGAAAAGACCCACUACUAUAGUAUAGCUAGCUCAACUUUCAAAUUUUCAGCAGUUAUUCAAUUUUCCAAAAAUAAAAAUUAUGGCAGAUGAGGAUGUUUCAGAAAGCUUCAGUGAAUGGCAGCAAAUCCCAUCUCCAUAUUCUACUGCUGGCAACAAAAAUGAUGUAGAUGUGACCACAGAAGAGUUACCAAAUAACAAUGAUCCUCAACUGUUUCAAGAACCACAUAACUCAGCAGUUUCUGCUGCAGAAACUACUUUGUCAGUGCCUUAUAGUGAUGAUAAUAAUGAGAAAGGUGAAGGAAAUAGAUGGUUGAAGAAGCAUUUGAGAGAAUUAACUUCUUGGAUUGUUCAGAUUGUUUCCAAGGCCAAAAAUUAUGCUGCUUGUAAAGUGGGAAUUGGAACUUUCACUUCAACUAGAACUAGACUAUUACCAGUACUUUUGGUUUCCUUGUUUUAUUGGAUAAUACAGAGGCGGCGGAGGCAAAGGCAGAUUGACACUUCUAAGAAACUUGUGCUUCUUAUCAAAGAAAAAGACCAGAAAAUCGAGCAGCUCUAUCUCCAAAUUAGCCACAUGAAUGACUCCCUACUAGCGCGACGAAAGGUUCCAGUUCUUCGAGUUGACUAAUUGAUUCACUAGCCAUUAAUUAUUUCUUGGCAACUUCUGAGGGUAUAUAUGGAGCUUUCUCUUCCGUCAAUGUUGAAUUUGAAAUCUACACAUCAAAAGUUUGUGUUUAAAGAAACCAGGAUACGUGUACGAAAAGACAGAUAUUUAUCAGUAUUUGAUA